AACUCCUUUUGGCUCAAAAUGAGGACAGUAUAAAUGACAGAGGGCAUAAUCGUGACAGCAAAGACAGAGAAGACCUACUCAGGGAAACUGCACUUUUAAGCAAUAUGUGGCUGGCUAUUGUUUUUCAACUCACAUCUCUCCUAACAAAAGCUCAACAUGUCUGCGUUGGGAAAUCCACAUUCAGAAGUCCAGCCAACUCUGACAUUGAGGUUUUCUGCGGCUCACAGACGGUGAGCCUCCAAAUCCUUCUGUGUCCCAUCUACUUCCAUGGCUAUAAUGAGUCAUUGGUUUCACUCAACUGUGAGCACUCCAAACACCAAUGUAAAGGGACUCCUGAUUGGACGGCAGACCCACCUGUCGUCAAAUUCAAUUUCUCCAUCACGGAGGAAGCCAUCGCGACAUGUUCAAGCAAGUUGAUAGUCAAUCAGGAAGUGGGAACCGAAAUUUUUUCAGACUUCUCAAAUGUCCAGUACAUUAACAUAUCAGGCGUGGUCUGCUCGGAGGACCCCAACACCGGAGCCAUUAGCUACCAUCAAGAGCUGAUGUACAGGUUCUCCUGCCGCUACCCCCUGCAGUACUUGGUCAACAAUACGCAAAUGAGUGUGUCUGGAACCAGUGUGGCUGUAAAGGACAGCAAUGGAAGUUUCAUCAGCACAUUGAGCAUGCAACUCUAUUCGGACAGCCAAUAUACAUCAAGGCUGCGGAUCCCUCCAGGAGGACUUGAACUAAAAAGCAGGAUUUUUGUCCAGAUUAAAGCAUCCAACCUCACCAAAAGACUGAAUGUGCUACUGGAUCGAUGUUAUGCUACAGUGACGCCUUCUCCUGAGAAUCCAGUAUAUCAUGACCUCUUUGUUGGGUGUCACAACGAUGGCCAGACCAUAAUGGGCAUCAAUGGAGAAGAGCAGCAAGCUCAGUUCUCCUUCGAAGCUUUUCGCUUUGUCCAGCAUAUGAAUGCCACGCUCUCCACCUUCUACGUGCACUGUGUCACACGCCUCUGCACCAACACCUUUUGCCCCGACCUCAUUCAGAACUGCACUGCCACCAGUAACCUGAGGGGGCGCCGUAGUGUCAAAGAGGACCAGGACGCCACCGUGAGCGAUAUUGCCACUGUGAGCUCAGGCCCCAUUACUACACGUUUAAACCAGGCUUUGGUGGCAGCAGACGAAGGUGUUCAUCAGCCUCUUGUGAACGACACCAUGCUGGCGGUGUCAGUCGCAGCAGCCAUCGUUGGAAUUGUCUGCCUUGCUUUGGCUGUGUUUGUUACUUUCCGAACAAACAAGUCAAAAGGGAACUUGAACAAUACAAUUUGUUUCAACCAAAAGCCAUAAGAGAUUGACACUGUUUUGUUGAUUUAAGUCACAUUAUGACUGAGGUGUAAAGUUAUUAACAGUACUUCUGACAUUUUAAAAACAUGUUGAAUGUAGGGAGUGAAUUUUUCAUUCCCCUCCCACAGCCGUAUUUGUAUGUAAUUUUAUAAAAAAAAUAAAAAUAAAGGGGUCCUGUGUGGAAGUUCUAGAAGCAUAUUUCUAAUAAUUUCACAACUGGUCCAUUUCUAUAUUGAACACACUUUCUUGUGGUCUACAUAACAUGUAAUGGAGGCGCUUUGGUCAACAUUUUGCAUGGAUUGUUUUCAAGACAGUCUUCAAAUUGUUUUCAGACCGUCUCUUCAAGAUGCACCGCUUUGUGAGUGGUCUUACAGUCAUGGUCAAAAGUUUACAUACGCUUGUAAAGACAUCACAUGGACAAAGACAAGACCUUCUGGAGGAAUGUUCUCUUGGCAGAUGCAACAAAAAUUGAACGGUUUGGCCACAAUACCCAGCAAUAUGUUUGGAGGAGAAAAGGUGGGGCCUUUGUGGUAGUAUUAUGCUCUGGGCCUGUUUUGCUGCCAAUGGAACUGGUGCUUUACAGAGAGUAAAUGGGACAAUGAAAAAGGAGGAUUACCUCCAAAUUCUUCAGGACAACCUAAAAUCAUCAGCCCGGAGGUUGGGUCUUGGGUGCAGUUGAGUGUUCCAACAGGACAAUGACCCAAACACACGUCAAAAGUGAUAAAGGAAUGGCUAAAUCAGGCUCGAAUUAAAGUUUUAGAACGGCCAUCCCAGAGUCCUGACUUAAACGUGUGGACAAUGCUGAAGAAACAAGUCCAUGUCGUAAAACCAACAAAUGUUGCUGAACUGCACCAAUUUUGUCAAGAGGAGUGGUCAAAAUUUAAACCAGAAGCUUGUGGAUGGCUACCAAAAGCACCUUAUCGCAGUGAAACUUGCCAAGGGACAUGUAACCAAAUAUUAACAUUGCUGUAUGUAUAAUUUUAACCCAGCAGAUUUGGUCACAUUUAAAGUAGACCCAUAACAAAUUCAUAAAAGAACCAAACUUCAUGUUUUUUGUGACCAACAAGUAUGUGCUCCAAUCACUAUCACAAAAAAAUAAAGAGUUGCACAAAGUAUUGGAACCUCAAGACAGCCAUGACAUUAUGUUCUUUACAAGUGUAUGUAAACUUUUGACCACGACUGUACAUGUCAAAAGUCAUCCUUCAAGCCAAGCCCCCUUCCACCGAUUCUCUACUCUGUUAGCCAUGUUGUAGUUUUAUUUGGUCCGUGGUUCAAUUUGAAACGACGAUGUACAUCCAUGCAAGAAUAUUGAAAUGCAAUUAUAUUUGACCCUGUUAGUA